UGCGCAAAGGCAUUGGCUGGGGCAGCCUCGUGCGAUGAUGACGCGGCUGGGGCAAGUCCUCCCAGUCGCUAGGCAAUAAGGGAGGGAGGAGGAGGCGGUGGCCGUUGCUGCAGCGGGAGGGGGGCAGCGACGAUCCCGGGGGCGGUGUCACCGUGGGGCCUCCGGAGUGCGCGGACCGGAGGCGGCAGCGGAAGGAGGAAGUGGCAGGCAGUCAUUCACCAAGAGAUUUUGUGGCACAAAGGACAACUUACUGACAACAAGUCCAGCAGAAUUUUUGGAAUACUGAGAGUCCCACGGCUUUGCAUCUUCAGGUAUUGACGGACUGCUGGGGAAGUAUCUAUGCUAUAGCACUAUCGUAGCACAGCUGCAGCUUGAAAAUAGAUGGACCCAAAGAAAAGGAAGUAGGAGAGUAAUGCAGAGAGAAUUGGUAAAGGAAGAGAGGCAUAAAUAGCAAUGGUCUAAAGGGAGCAGUUUUUUCUCACUGAGAUGCCAUUGCUGAACUGUUAGUAUUAGAAGUUGGAGUAGGGAAUCAAGACAAAUCAGCUGAAGACCAGGGAGCUGUGGCAGCCAGAACUCUCUUCUAGAGGGACAACACAUUAUCUUCAAAACCCAUCCCAUAAGAGGAAGCAAACUCCGAGAGAGCCCCCAGAGUCUCAUGAACGGAACAACGAAUCUCGAUAACACCUGUAUUCCAGAGCCAGGCCUACGGCUCAGGAAAGGACACAUGCCCGACAAUGCAGGACUGUCAAAUCAUGAUAAUGGCCACUCUGAUGAGGGACUCCUCUUAGAGGAGCCAACUUUAUCCGUGAACUUUCAAAAGAGUUCGGAGGAAUGCGACUCUAAAGAUGAACCAGCUCAGGAAGAUGAAGGCUUUAUGGGUAUGUCCCCUCUUCUACAAGCCCACCAUGCCAUGGAGAAAAUGGAAGAGUUUGUAUGUAAGGUAUGGGAGGGCCGAUGGCGGGUCAUACCCCAUGAUGUUCUUCCUGACUGGCUAAAGGACAAUGAUUAUCUGUUGCAUGGGCAUCGACCACCUAUGCCCUCUUUCCGUGCUUGCUUCAAGAGCAUCUUCAGAAUACACACGGAGACUGGCAACAUCUGGACGCAUCUUCUAGGUUGUGUGUUCUUCCUGUGUCUGGGAAUCUUCUACAUGUUCCGGCCAAACAUGUCCUUUGUAGCGCCUGUGCAGGAGAAGGUGGUAGUUGGAAUGUUCUUCUUGGGAGCCAUCCUCUGCCUCUCCUUCUCAUGGCUUUUCCACACAGUUUACUGUCAUUCAGAAGGUGUCUCUCGGCUCUUCUCCAAGCUGGAUUACUCUGGCAUCGCACUUCUCAUCAUGGGCAGCUUUGUUCCAUGGCUGUACUACUCCUUUUAUUGCAACCCUCAGCCUUGCUUCAUCUACUUGAUCGUGAUUUGUGUCCUGGGAAUUGCAGCCAUAAUAGUCUCGCAGUGGGACAUGUUUGCAACCCCUGAAUACCGGGGGGUGAGAGCAGGAGUAUUUCUGGGUCUGGGUCUCAGUGGUGUCAUCCCCACCCUGCACUUUGUCAUCUCUGAAGGCCUUCUUAAGGCAGCCACAAUGGGGCAGAUAGGCUGGCUAGCUCUCAUGGCCUGCCUGUACAUCACUGGUGCUGCGCUAUAUGCUGCUCGGAUACCAGAGAGAUUCUUCCCGGGCAAGUGCGAUAUCUGGUUCCACUCCCAUCAGCUGUUUCAUGUCUUCGUUGUGGCUGGAGCUUUUGCGCACUUCCAUGGUGUUUCAAACCUUCAGGAGUUCCGUUUCACAGUUGGGGGAGGCUGCACAGAGGAAGGAAACAUGCAGUAA